UCAGCCAACAGCCGGAACAUAGAUUGAAGUGCUGUUUUCGCUUGUAAAUCGGUAGCAACAACAAAUACCAUUGUGAUUUUUUUUUGAUACAGUGUCCUAAGCUGUCCUCAACAUACUACACUAGUAAUGUAGUGGAAUUUUAUUGAAGACACUGAAUGGGGGUAGGUCGAAAACGAAUAUCCUGCGAAUAUCAAACCUGCUGCUAACUUAUACCCGCUUAUACCCGCUCUCUGCUGAACGCUUUUAAAUGUCUAUAUAUUUUAACAUCACAAUAGGGUUUUUGCAUAAUUGUAAUAUUAUUAACCUACGAGUACAAUUAAUACAUUUAUAGAUUAUAAAUGUAUUAUUAUAGAUUGUCAAUUUGUUGAUUGUGAUUUAACUAUGCAUCACUUGUCACGUCUCAGCGUUCAGGGGAAAUGAUGUACACAUUAAGAGUAUGUAGGGUCUGGAGAUGGGAUCGGCUGACGGCGGGUUGAGCAAACUCCACCCAGCAGAUAGGAUCCCUGGCAGGCGGAGCGGGGAGCUGUUUGCUCCGAAAGGGCUCGGGCUGGUUGGUCGGGACGCUUGACAAGUCCCGCAGAAAACUUGAGAGGGGCAAAGUCCAGCCUGAGUGUGAGAGAGACAGAGUGGAAGUUGAUGCGUGAGAGCGUGCUGGGGACAUAACCACAUGUAAUUUUAAAGAAAUGCUCCAAAGAUGGCGGUGGUAAUAGCGACUGGAGUUUCAGGUGCCUCCGGAGUGCAAAAAAGUGGAUUUGCGGAGGUUUUGGUGCGGGAGCGUUGGCACAAAGUUUUGGUCAGCUUGAACGAGGAAGCGCUCACGUUAAGUUGCGAGGAAAGCUGCGUUAACGACAAUGUCAACUCCAACGGCGUUACCAACGGAUCUUACCUUGACAACAAUAACACCAACUCCAACAACGGCCCCCAAACUGUGCGCACUGCGUUCACGGACCUCCCGGAGCGAGUGCCCGAGGCGAUCGCCAACAGAAAGCGGUGCGUUAAGGUGACCAAGCAGGAGAUCGGGGGACUUGGGAUCAGCAUCAAAGGUGGGAAGGAGAAUAAAAUGCCUAUCCUCAUCAGUAAGAUAUUCCAGGGGCUCGCAGCGGACCAGACCCAGGCUCUGUAUGUCGGGGACGCCAUCCUGUCCGUGAACGGCGUGAACUUGCGGGACGCGACCCACGACGAGGCUGUGCAGGCGCUAAAACGGGCCGGGAAAGAGGUGACACUGGAAGUGAAGUACAUGCGCGAGGCCACACCGUACGUGAAAAAGGGCUCCCCUGUGUCUGAGAUCGGCUGGGAAACCCCUCCUCCUGAUUCUCCCCGUCUCGGCAGCCCUCCCAUCACCUCCUCAUCUGAACCUCCGAGCUCUCCUGCCCAGCCCUCACUGUCUCUGCAGGGCGACAGGAGGUGCAUACCCCUCAAGAUGUGUUGUGUAACCCGAGCCAUGACCACACCAGACCCGGAGAACAGACAACUAGAGUUGCACUCCCCGGACGCUAGGCACACCGUGGUGCUGCGUUGCUCAGACCAACCAUCUGCCUUGUCCUGGUUCACUGCCAUGCACUCUGUCACAUCCACACUGGCACAGCGGGCGCUGGCAGAGGUUAUCCAGAACACAGCCAGGACGGGGGUAGCUGGCAGUAAAGAGAUACGACACCUGGGAUGGCUGGCUGGGAAGACAGAGAGUGAGAAGCAGUGCUGGAAGCCGGUGCUGGUGGUGGUGACGGAGAAAGACCUUCUGCUGUAUGAGACUUUACCACGAGGCAAGGAAGCCUGGCAGAGCCCUGCACACGCUCAUCCACUGUUAGCAACGCGUCUGGUACACUCUGGCCCUGACCGGGGGUCGCCGCAUUCUGGUACAGAGCUGUUCUUUGCCACUCGGACUGGCACACGACUGGGCAUUGAGACUCACCUGUUCCGGGCUGAGACCACCAAGGAUCUGUCCCUCUGGACCAGACACAUAGUCAACGGAUGUCACGCCUCAGCUGAGAUGAUCAAAGAAGUCACGACGAGUUGUCUUUACCAGAGUCAGGAAUGCCGGCUGGUGAUUCACUACGAACAGGGCUUCUCUGUGCUGGCUGACCCCAAACUGGGAGACGGGGAGGAGAGGGGAUCUCACACACCCACCAGGCCUAGAGUGCUCCUCUCCUACCCCUACGAAAAACUAAAGUUGUCCUCAGAUGACGGAGUUCGCAUGCUCUUCCUUGACUUCGGAGGGAAAGAGGGGGAGAUUCAACUGGACCUCCACUCUUGUCCGAAGCCGAUCGUCUUUAUCCUCCACUCCUUCCUCUCUGCUAAGAUUUCCCGCCUGGGUCUGGUGGCCUGACCUCUCUAAAAGGACAUUUCAUCUCUUUUGAAAACAGAAAUCCACCUUGUUUCUCCACCUCUCUGCAGCCCGCAUGCAGUAGUACACCACGUCAAACGCUGUCAGUCGGGGACCCAAGCUGAGUGAAUGUAGCCUCUAUUGACCUUUUUUUGGGUCUCCAAGUUAAAGAAACACUGGAGAAACCAAUUCAGUUUGGUUUUGCUUUGGGUGAAAUGAACAGAUUAUUUUGGGGGAUAAACCCUCCCUUUAAGGGCUGCAAGGACUGAAGUGUUGACUGAAGAACCACAGAAGAAAACAGGGACUGGACUAGAAGCAGUGGGAUGGACACAGAUUGGGCAUUACUGUCACGUCCUGGACAUGUGCAGUACGGUUGAGAUGAAUUUACUUUUAAUUCAAUCAAGAUGUAAUGGCAAACUGCCUUCCAUUUACCAAUUAUUUAAUUUAUUCACCAUUAGCUCUGAAAGAACAUUCUGAAUUUCACUUGGCCAUUUUUCUUCACCAAACAUUUGACACACUCUGGAAAAACUUUAUGCAUUUGUCUUUGUUAGCGUCUCCUGAAAUGUCUUGUUAGCGCUGUCAGCAUUCAUCAUUGAAAGUGGCGGGCACAAUCACCCACACAGUUUCCCACAAAGACAACUGACUCAAAUUCAAAAUGUCAUAGUAUUCUUUUAACAGGUUGUAUACUGUGACCACCCUGUGGUCAAAGUAUUCCAGUGUUUAACAGUGAUCUGAAGUCGGUUCUAAUGUCUUCAAGUAUAUCUUCUUUAAAGCCUCAGCUUCAAUUAACAUGAAUUAUAAUAUACUCAAGCAUUCAGAUUUUUUUCAUCACAUUUAAAUUCCACAAAAACUCAAACUCAAAAACUCAAAAACUCAGCAUUUACUAUUGUGUUUCUGAUACAUACAACUGUGUUCCACAGAAAUAGGGGUAAUUCUAAUGUUCCAAGGGUCCUGUGUUCCCCAGCUCUAAAUUGUCAUGACAGAGGUCUUAGUCUUAGUCUAGAUAAUAGUUACUCUUUUGUAUGUAGGAAAAAGUCCCAAACAUAUUUCAGCCCUAAAUGCAGAAGAAAAACAAAAGAUGAAAAAGGGACAAAAAUUAUUCUGAAACUUUUUAGGGUUAGGAAAUCAAAAGUAGUUGGCAAUUGCCAUUUUCAAACAGGUUAAGAAUAGGAAAAAGGAAAGGGUGAAAACUAUUUCUGAAAUAUUUUAAUUUAAAACAGGUCAUAUAUAUUAACAGAAUAUUGAACUGGGGAACAUAGGACCAUGGCACCAUAGAUACAUUUCCAAAUACUACAUAUUAUGCAUUAAAGUGUAUGAUCUCUAAAUAGUACCAUAAACAAACAAUCAGGUAAUGUUUAGAAUACACAUUUUGACUAAAUCAUUUAAAGCAAUAGUUUUAUUUUUUUAGGGAAAUGCACUUUUUCAUGUUCUCGCCAAGAGUUAAAUUAGAUGAGCUACAGCCAGUAGCCAGUUAGCUUAGCUUUACAUAAUGACUUUAGAGAUGCUGGUAGGUGGAUUUUGUUACCUUCGGACAAGCUAGCCGUUUCCUGGGUUUUUGCUCAUCUAUCCAGCUACUAGCUGUUGUCUUAUAUUUAACAGACAGCUGUGAGAGUGGUAUCAAUAUUCUCAUCUAACUCACAGCAUGAAAGCCAGUAAAUGUAUUUCCCAAAAUGUUUAACUAUUCCACAAAUGGUCUGCAUUCUGAUCAGACAUAAUGAAGCUGUUUAAUCUUUCCUCCUGUCAGAGUGGACAGUGAACUGUUUGAUACUCUCUGAAGAAUUGUCACAUUUGCCAAACUGCCAUGAGUACUUCUAAUAUUCAUAUUUU